CACGUCCCAUCAUAUCGAUUUCUCUUUUUCGACCAGCCAUGGAGGCCCAACUACGAGAACUUAUCCCCUUCCUCCGUGAUCGCAACCCGCAAGUGCGGCAAAUCGCACUGUCCAAUCUCCUGCCCCAGACGCCCAAGGGAUCCCCGCACCGAAACAUCUUCUUCGAAGGCGCACAGGUUGGCGGUCUGAAAAAACAGCAGGAUAAUGAGAUUCUGCGGGACCUGAAGCUGCUUUGUCGGGAUCAGCUUAGUGUCUCUCAUGACGCCUUUCGCGCAUUGGUCAACCUUUCCGACUCUCCGAUGCUGGCCUCGACACUGUCCGAGCCAUCGUUCCUCUCGUUCAUAGUAUCUUAUAUCAUCAACCCUCAGUCGGUACUGGCAGACCUCGCAUCAAUGCUGCUAUCCAAUCUCACCGCUUCUUCCUCUGCAUGCGCCGCUGUACUCACGAUGUCGGUCGAUGUCGUCUUGGCGCCAUCUUUGCCGAAUGGAUUCUACCCGGUGCAGUCGCGCUGCGCAACGGCACCAGCACCCGUCCCAUACCCGGACGAGCCGGCGAAGUCCGUCCUUGCGCUACCGCUGCUAGUGGACGCAUUCGUGCAGGGGGCUGAUGAAGAGACUGAUGUGUCGAAACGAGCCCGGAAAGGCUAUGUGCAUUUCCUGGCCAGCGUGUUUGCGAAUCUGUCGAUGUCGUCUGCAGGGCGCACGUUUUUUCUCCAACCGCGGACAUUCGGGGUUCAGGAGAAGAGUGGUGGUCAGCUGGAGUACCCGCUUGCGAAACUCGUGGUGUUCACGGGGCAUGGGGAUACUAUUCGCAGGGGUGGCGUGGCGUCCCUGUUGAAAAAUUGUGCCUUCAACAGCGCUGGGCAUCAAGCGAUUCUCAGUCCCGACUCGGCCACGAUCUGCGUACCGCCGUCGACGGACGAAGCACCUGGGAUUGACGCGCUCCCGUAUCUGCUUCUUCCGCUCGCCGGCCCAGAAGAGCUGGACUUAGAAGACCAGGAAUCACUUCCAGAUGCAGUGCAGUUUUUGCCGCCAACGAAAACACGCGAGCCGGAUGAGGCAAUUCGGCUGAUCUUCGUCGAGACGCUGCUGCUGCUGUGUCACACCCGCUGGGGGCGUGAUUAUCAGAGAGAGCACGGGGUCUACCAGAUUGUGCGAGCCGCCCAUGAGGCCGAGAAGGUGGACAAGAUCUCAGAGCACAUCGAGCGGCUAGUCACUUUGAUCAAAGGAGAAGAACCGGAAGUCGACCCGUCAGAGGGCAUCGAGAUCGAGGAUGCUGGCGCAGGGAUGGGGCAACAGCUGUCAGGAUCCGUCGGUCGACUGGCGUUGGGUAACGCGGACAACGACGAGGACUCUGACGACGACGGCAGAAUUUUGGAAGUUUAGCGUUUCCUGUAAUCACUGCAGCGAUCAAACUCUAGUUCUAGUUACCAAGACAGGCAGCUUGAGCCUCGUGGUCGUACGCCGGAUGCUUACCGUUCGAUUCAGACCCUAAGCGCGGGGUCUCGGAUCUGGAUUCUGAAUUCUAUUCUUGUUCGGCUGGACGCGAUCCUGGUUUGAGAUUAUUUUGAACUUGAAGAAGGUGCGUU